UUCCGUUUCCGGUCUUAUUAGCUGAUUUGGGUCAAUAGUGCACUUGAAAACUGUAUUAAGUCCCUUUAUGUGUUAAUUCUGAGCAUUAUUAAUGUUCGGUCGCAGAUUAGAGUGACGUUAAAGCUCUAACGACACGUUUAAGUGGAGGGAACGGUUUCGUGUUAGCCUAGCACAUGUUAGCACAACAAUAACCUUGGUACACAUGUGAUGCUUGUUAUCAUCUAAACAGAAGAAAUGGCAGGAUUGGGUCGAAUCCUCAUGUCUGUCUCUGCUUUGGCAAAGAAUCAGAUAGAAGCUACAUCAAGGCCAGUGUACAUGGUUUGUAGGAGCAAAUUUACAAGGUCUCGUAUUCCUCCACAGGUGUUUGAAGAGUGUUCUAAGGAACAUGAAAUGUACGGUGGUGAUCCAGAGCAGCCACAUAAACUUCACGUAGUGACGCGAGUCAAGAGUACAAAGGGACGUCCUUACUGGGAAAAAAAGGUGGUGAAGAGUUUGGGGCUAUUGAAGUCUCAUGAACCCAGAGUACACAAGAACAUGCCCUCAGUGAAUAACCAACUGAAAAUCAUUAAGCACCUGGUUAGGAUCCAACCCUUAAAACUUCCGAAUGGACUACCUUCAGAAGAAGAAAUGGGAGGUUCAUAUCUGAACAGUAAAGGAGAGCUGGUAAUAAAACAACUUCCGACGUCUGCAGCACAGAAAACUGUGGCGUAAUAGACUCCUCUGUCUUUGCUGUUUAUUAAACAUUAAUAAAACUGUAAUUCUAUGCUUUUCUUUGAAAAUAUUGUCUUUAGAUCUGUAAUUGUGAAGGUUUAAUGAAUAUAAUGGGUUAUACCAUGUAAGCAGGUUUGGGAGCGAAUAUACUUAACACUUCUGAGACAAGCAUCUGUAUUAAAUAGUUUUUAAAGA